UUGAAUAUUUAAAAGAAGAGACAUCUAGACUUACAGGAAGUACCCUACAUCAGUGAACAGAUCUCUUUGAAAAAUGCUACGAAGCUCUUUCAAAGAUGUGCUUCAUUCGGAGCCUGACUUCAAACCACUAGUUGUGAUAGAGCUUGCGAAGAAUUCGAAACCGGAAGCAAGAGAAUGGCUUGUAUCAAAAAUCUCAGCCCACAAGAGAGAUGGGGGUGCACAGCUUUUGAUAAGACCAGAGGUAAUAUCAGAGGAGAAGGAGUACAUUUAUGUUGUUGGAACAUCUUCAAAGCGGCUUCUCCUUGGAGCAGAGGCGGCGGGUUUUGUGAAGGAGAGCUUGGAUGGCACUAUGAAACCUUUUUUGUACACCAACCGGUCAGAAUUCAAAAAUUUUAAUGAUGAAGGAGAAGAUUUUUUAACAAUGGCUGAAUGUCAGUACAUCAUUAAAAAUGAGCUGAGCAACCUUCGAGCGCAAGAUGAGACUUCUAUCCCAGGUUACCCACAGGCCAAGCUUUACCCUGGGAAAUCAAUAGUUAGAAGAAUGCAGACCAGUGGUAUUCUGCUCCAGAUAUUUCCUUUACAUGACAGAGAAAAAUUAAAAUUGCUGGCUAAAAAUUGGUAUGGUCGUGCCAGAAUUUCUCAGCAACCUGUAGAUGAAAUACGGCACUAUUUUGGAGAUACGAUUGGUUUAUACUUUGCGUUCCUAGAAUACUUUACUUGGGCCUUAUUACCAAUGGCUAGUGUUGGACUUCUUUAUUAUUCAUUUACAUGGGAAAGCUAUGACAACUAUGUGAUAUUUGCGAUGUUCAACUUGGUAUGGGCUACUGUUAUCCUGGAGGUCUGGAAACGUUACAGCGCAACACUGGCCUACCGAUGGGGAUCCCUACUCAUGAAGAGGCAAUUUGAGGAACCCAGGCCUGGCUUUCAUGGUGUUCUGGGUACCAAUCCUGUCACAGGAAAAAGGGAGCCAACUUAUUCAAGUUUGAAAAGACAACUUCGAAUGUAUCUCAUUUCUGUGCCUUUUGUGUGCCUCAGCUUGUAUUUGGCCCUUUAUGUGAUGAUGAUUUACUUUGACAUGGAACACCAGGCCUUGAAAUACAACCAAGAGCAUCAAACAUUUGCUAGUGCGGUAUUGACAUAUGUGCCCAGCACAGUUUAUGCCAUUGUGAUUGAGAUCAUGAAUCGUAUUUAUAGAUAUGCAGCAGAAUUCCUAACAAGUUAUGAAAAUCAUAGACUAGAGUCAACGUAUCAAAACCACUUGGUGCUAAAGGUUUUAGUGUUCUAUAGUGUGAACUGCUUCUCAUCACUUUUCUACAUUGCCUUUGUUAUGUAUGAUGUGCCGCUGUUAAAACAGAGUCUGGUCUGCUUGCUUCUGGUCUCUCAGUUCUUUAACCAGAUUUUUGAGACCGUUCUUCCUUACUGGAUGCAGAAGAGAACUAACAGACAAGUAGCUGAUAAACCAAAACCGCUGAAUUCAGCCUCUAAGUACACAUUGUCGGAGCAAAUUUACCUAGAAAAGAAUAUGUACACUUAUCUGGGAACAUUUGAUGACUACUUGGAGUUAUUCCUGCUGUUUGGUUAUGUCAGCCUUUUCUCAUGUGUGUUUCCUGCAGCAGCCAUAUUAGUUGUCCUUAACAAUGUUUCUGAAGUGUACACAGAUGCAUUAAAAAUAUGCCGUGUCUUUAAGCGUCCAUUUUCCGAACCUUCUUCCAGCAUUGGAGUAUGGAUGUUGGCAUUUGAAACUAUGGGUGUUAUUGCUGUAGUCACCAACUGUGCUCUUCUUAGCAUGUCUCCACAAGUCAGAGCAAUGCUUGAAGACUGGCACCUGGAACCCUUUCUGACCGUGGUUGCUUUAGAGGUACUGCUGAGUUCUCAAUUAUCUUAG